AUGGCAACCAAGGCCGUUGAAUCACUCUCCUCCUCUCUCUCAACCACCACCAUCUCCCCCGGCCGCCGUCCCUACACGGGGUCCUGCGGCUACACCAAAUAUCUCACCCUCCCACCGCCCAUCAUCUCCGCCAACCCACCCUCACCCUCCGCAUCCGGAAAUGCAACUGUUCGACCUGCCAGAAGAUUUCGGCAGGGUCAUUUGCAUGCGAUCCAUUAUAGGGAUGAGCUCGCUCUAAUUGUCCUAGUAAUGGGAUACACGUCCGCCUGA